AUGCUCAAGUUUCAAUGCUUUCUUCAGCCUUCGAGUCUUUGUUCUCACAAUUUGGCGCCGUUUCGGGUCACCGUACCGAAGAUCCAGGAGGUAGUUGCGAAUUGGUCUAGGAAGAGUGUGAAGCUGCGAGUUAAUUGUAUGGGUCGAGAAAUUGAGGAAGAAGAUGUGGAAGAAUUCGAAGAAGAUGAGUUUCCGUCGAGGAAGAGAGGCAGUUACGGAGGGCAAAAGGAAGAGAUAAAUUACGACAAAGACCCUGAGUUUGCGGAUAUUCUGGGAGAUUGUCUAGAUAACCCAGACAAAGCUCAGAAGAAGAUGGACGAGAGAUUGAGGAAGAAGAGGAACAGAAUUCUUCACACUAAGACUGGUUCAGCAACUUCGAUGCAGGUUACAUUCAACAAGUUUGAGUAUUCGAAUUCAUACAUGUGGUUGGAGUUUCACAACGCUCCCCUGGAUAAAGAUAUAGCCUUGAUCUCUGACGCAAUUCGUUCUUGGCAUAUCCUUGGACGUCUUGGUGGAUACAACUCCAUGAAUAUGCAAUUAUCACAGGCGCCACUGGAUAAGAGACCUAACUAUGAUGCUAUCCUUGGAGCUAAUGUCGAGCCCACCACGUUUUAUAACAUCGGGGAUCUUGAGGUCCAGGACAACGUCGCUCGCAUAUGGCUUGAUAUUGGGACCUCAGAGCCAUUGAUUCUUGAUGUUCUGAUAAACGCAUUGACACAAAUCAGUUCAGAUUACGUCGGGAUAAAGAAAGUUGUGUUUGGUGGAUCAGAGUUCGAAAACUGGAAGGAGAAUUUGACAUCCGAGGAAUCUGGUUUCAGGGUCCACAAGAUAUAA